AUGUCCUCCAUUCAAGAACAAUCUCCACAAUAUACUCGUGUGCAAUAUGUAUCCCUCUCAACGCAGGGAGUCAUUACAGAAAAGAUAAAGUCCCAGAUAUUAGCCUCAUCCAACAAGAACAAUUCCAAGCGUCAUAUUACCGGCUGUUUGAUAUGUGUGAAGGAUAUGUUCUUUCAAAUUAUUGAGGGAAAGACAGAUGAUGUUGAAAAUUUAUAUACAACUAUUGUCAAGGAUAAAAGACACAACAAUGUUGUCUGUGUUGACAAGUCUCAGUUUUUUAAUGAAGAAGAGAGAAUGUUUCCUUCAUGGGAUAUGAAAUCGCUUGAUGUUGACAGUUUAUUCUCAGCAAAGAAGGAAGUUUUGAUUUGUGGGGAGAAUUGUAAUCCACUGGAUCCAGCACAUAAACGAGUCAUUGAGACUGCAUUCUCUGCUUUCACAACCUUGAUGGGUAGUUUGUUUAGAGCUCAACAAGUUUUCAAGAAUUAUGCUCAACCGAGUGUCAGCAGGUUUGUCAGAGAAGGAUUGAAUCCACUCUGUAUUCAAUCAGUUGAAACUGAAAAGAUUGUACUUUUUGUUGACCUUGUAAAUUAUACCACCUUAACAGAAAUCAUUUCCCAAUCGAGAAGUGCAUCAGAAAUUGUAAGAAUACUCAAUGUUUUCUUCACAAUUGUUAUGGAAAUUGUUGAAGAAUAUGGAGGAGACAUUACAAAAUUGAUUGGUGACUGUGUAAUGUGUCACUUUGAUGGCCAUGAUUCACAGAAAGCAAUAGAUUGCUCAUUGAAAAUCCUCCAACAACUAGAACUUCUCAGAAAUGAAACAACCGAUCCAUUCGAAAAACUCAUCUUUUGUACAAUAGGCAUAUCUAAAGGAAAGGUCAUUUUGGGAAAUGUUGGUACAGUGGGUCGUAAAUUAGACUAUACUGUCAUUGGUGAUUCAGUUAACACAUCGGCAAGAUUGCAAUCAUUCGCUUCCUCGACUCAAUAUUAUCUCAUUUUCGAUGAGAAUGUAAAGAAUGAUUUGGAGAGUGGUGAUUCAGUUAUUUUCUGUGGUUCGAUAGAAUUGAAAGGAAAAAGAAAUACUGUAAACGCCUACACAAUAGAAAAUGAAUAUAAUAGAAGAUUGUUGAAAGAAGAUUUGAAAGCUCUCUACUGUAGUGUAUCACUAGAAAUGUAA